CAGUGUUGCCAGAAGAAGCUUCCUUCUCCGAUACCAAUUUUCCUACAACAAAUGUCGAAAAUGGCUUCAGUGAGUCUCCCUUCUCCCUUCUCAAACCGAACAUGUUCUCUUUUUUCCUGGUUUUUCGUAUAUAUGAGUUUCGAUUUCGCCCUCUUGAAAGCCUAGUUUCGAUCUAUGUGGUAGACUUAGAUGUAUAUUCGUGUUCGUGUUGCAAUUGAUUUCACUGGAUCUCUUUGCUCAUUUGCUCAUUCAUUUGUAUAUUUAUGACUUGGUUCUUCUUCUGUUAAGGUUUCCAUUGAUUGAUGAGACUUUUCUUAUUUUACUUAUUGAUGUAUCUCUCGUUUGGAUUUAUCAUGAUAUAUGUUUCUUGGUGUUCUGAUUCCAUUCAGCUUAUGUAUUAUUGGCUUGUUUGUGAGAAUUUAGAAGGCAAUUGUAAUUGACUUGAGUCUUUGCUUAAACGGAAGUGAAACUGUUGAAUGUAGUUAUGUCUUUAGCUUGCUUUGCCUCUUGUAUUUGAACUUAGGUGAUAUAUGAGCAAUACUAUACAGUUUCUUUUUCGUAUUUAGUGUCCUUUGUUUAUAAUUCUCUCAUAUUUUUCCAUGGACAUGACAAUAGAUUCUUUUCUUUUUGUGCAGCCUAUUGCGUUGUUUCGGCAGAUUCCAAUGGCAUUCUUGGAGCGAGUUUAAGAGGAUUUCAACAAGAGAUAUGGUGGUGGAUAGGAAUGGCUACAACUACUUAACCCAACAGCUUGAACAAAGAGUUUUGGUACUUUUGGCUCAUCCCGAGGAGAUUAGCAAACUUGCCAAGGUUAAGGCUCUAGUGACCAAAAUGAAAGGUGUUAUGAUGGAGAACAUUGAGAAGGCUCUUGACCGCAGUGAGAAAAUUAAAAUUCUAGUGGACCUUCGUUCAAAGGUCAAGAAGAUAUCAUAACGCCAGGAACGAAAAUUACAAGAAAGAUGUGGUUUCAGAACAUGAAGUUUAAGCUCAUAGUCCUUGGUACAUCUUCGUCUAGGUUUGUCUUAAUAACUGAAAGAAGAAGAAGAUUACGUUGACGAAUUAUAAUGCCCACAUUGCUCUACUAAAUUGAUGGGAAACUGUACCCGAGGUAUAUGCCCUUCUUUCUUCAUUCUGUUUUUGCGAUCUCUUUUUCAUAAAUUUUGUUAGGGAUAAUGAAAUAUGAUGACUUAGUACUGAUUUAUGAUCCUUUAGGGUAUGAAUAUGUUAAGCUGCUGGGAUUUGCAAAUAUCUAGAUUAGGUCUUUGUGAUGAUAUGGUUUCUUGUAAUCUAAAACCCAAUUUUGAGUUCUGCUACUCUUUUUAUUAGGAAAAGAAACAACAUCUAAUGAGAAUUCACCAUUCUUA